AUGGCGCUCGAGACUCAACCGACCCAGCUUGUGGCUGCCCCUUCCCAGGAAGCACCGGCAGCCGAGACGGAGGAGCUGCAGUCGCAGCAGUCUCGUGCCGGAGCAAACCUGGAAGAGCCCACCAAAGAGGUCCAGACCUGCAAAGAGUGCAAGCAGGAGUACGCUGUCGAGGAGGACGACAAGCAGGUCUGCAAGCACUGCAGAAACCUGAAGCUGCGGCUGUGGCGCCGGCUCGGUGCCUGGUCGACCUUCAACUCCCUCAGCGACACCGAAAGGGAGCGGUUCUUUGUGAAGACGCAGGGCACGUCCUGCUGGCGGACAAUCCAGUCUCAGCUCGUCGAAACCUUGACUCGCCAGCGAGUCUCGGAGACUCGCAGCGAGACGGGCGGCUCCUACCUUCCUGCCUCGGUGCUGCUGACUCAAGGGUACACACAGGACGUGAUCGACGCCUGCAGCGACACGGAGGAGAACCCCGCCUUGGGCGGCACGACGUACCGCCUGAAGGUCCACUCCGAGUACUGUGUCGAGACGGAGAAGACCGUCCGCGAGGAGCUCUUGAACCGGGUGAAGCAGGUGUGUGCUGGCAAGCAGGUGCCCAAGGAGUGGGACGUGCAGCGGCCGGAAAAGCCGGGCAAGAACGAGAAGCCGGACCGUACGGAGGAGAAGGAAGACAAGCACAAGGCCAAGUUCCGGAAGGUCGCUCUGGCCCUGGCCAAGUCGGCCCUGCCUCAAGUGAGUGCUGCCUGGUGCAGCCUGCAGACGGCGGUGUCGGGGGCGGGCCUGCCGGCAGACCUGGAGGAGGCAAAGAAGGGCGAGUUGCUCGGGAUGCUGCGGAAGCUCGGGGAGUGGAAGAACGCCUGUGAGCACACCCUGGCGAACAAAGAGAACUUGCAGGACCUGCCGGUGCUGCCCUUCCGCAAGGACGAGGUGAAGCCCACCUGCAAGGCUGCAGCGGAGCAGCUGAAGGACGUGAAGCUUUGCAGGGCCGCGGCCGCCAAGCUGAAGCGGGAGAGCAAGGCUGCUGAGAAGGCCAAGCAGGCCGCGGCGCCGGCAGGCGAGCCCAAGGCAAAGCGCCCCCGCACGGCCGCGAAGAGGGGUGCGUGA